AUGUCCGGAAGGCUGGCGCGUGGAUUUCUGGAGAGGGUCUGUCAGACAAUGGGUGGCGUAUGCCCUCAUCAUGCCCACGAUCCCAGUCCAUUGCAAAUCGCACGACUAACUGGAGGAUCUCAUCUCACCACGGACACGGCUUUCGAAAUGAUCUGUUCGACGAUUCGUUUCGGCAAAGGCGUCACUUCAGAAAUUGGCUACGACGUAAGGAAUUUAGGCGCAAAGCACACUCUCUUAGUCACCGAUAAAAACGUCGCUAACACUAUCGGAUUUAAAACAGUCUCACAUUCGUUGAAAACAUUUGGCCUCAAAUUUACCGUCUUUGAUGAUGUACUGAUUGAGCCGACGGAUGAAAGUAUGCUCCAGGCAGUGGAUUUUGCUCGUAAUGCUGGUUGUGACUCAUUUGUAGCUGUUGGAGGCGGAUCUGUAAUUGACACAGCAAAGGCGGCAGCUUUGUACUGCUCUAAUCCACAAGCGGACUUCUUUGAUUUCGUCUGUCCACCGUUUGGCAAGAAUCUGGUGCCACAGAAUCCGAUGCUUCCACUUAUCGCUGUACCUACCACGGCUGGAACUGGCAGCGAAACGACAGGUAUGGCAAUGUGGUAG